AUGAAGUUGCUCCCACUCACUCGCACCAUCACUCGCCGCGUAAAACACUGCGCGUUGGGACUCUCUCUAGUCUGCCAUACUAUCUCGCCCAUCUGUGCGGCAAUCUCCUUCUCCUGCUCAAACGAUGCGCUUCGCUGGUUAGCAGUUGAGUCCUGUUGUACGUCUGGCAAUACCCUCCUGCAUUACGCGAGCGACCCAUCGCAGGUGGUUGUGGUCUACGUGGAUUUCGAUUCUUCUUCGCCAUGGUCAUAUCCCCCAUUCUGCACCCCGUAUCUCGAAGAUCUCGCCAGCGAACUCUGCGUAUACACCAAUUCUAGUUUUGGUAAUGGCCGCGGCGUUUCCAUCUUUACCACGCCUUCGAUCGCUCAAAAAUUCGCGACUCUUCAACCCUUCCGUGAUGGGACAGUGCUAGAGGGCGUGAACUCCGAGCGUCGACGGUGGCAUACUCGAAAACUACCAGGAAAGGGGCAAGCCAUGAUGGCCACAACCAAACUGGAAAGAGGCGAUCAUCUCACCGCGUUUACCCCAGUCUUGAUAGUCAGCAUGGAAAAGAUCCUACCCAUACACGACAACGAGAGGUUUCUUCGCAAAGCCAUCGAUCAGCUCCCUCCAAACACAAGGUCAUCUUACCUCGCCUUGUCCCGCAUGUACAGCAAUCCGGAUGUCUUCGUUCAAGAUAUUUUGAAAUCCAAUGCUUUUGAAAUCCAAGUUGGCGGCAAGAUGCACCUUGCGAUAUUCCCUGAACCCGCACGGUUGAAUCAUGACUGUGCGCCCAACGCGCAGUACUACUUGGAUGCAUCGCUCUUGACGCACCAUGUAUAUGUUACUCGUCCUGUCGUGGAGGACGAGGAAAUUACAAUAUCCUAUACAUCCCCGUUGCAGCAGACCAAAUACCGGCAGUCACACCUUAUGGAUUCUUUCGGGUUUAACUGCUCUUGUUCCCUGUGCGCCAACAGAGCUGCCUUUGACAACGACCUGGAAAACAUCAACAGGAUCCAAAGCACGCUCGGCGACUGGGCUGAGAAUAGUACGGCAACUUGCGAAGAUGCCCUAGAACUGAUCCGUCUGUAUAAGAGUCAUGGCCUGGAUUCGUUUCUUGACCUGCCGUAUGGCUUCGCCGCGCUCACUUACAAUUCUUUUGGGGAUUCGAGACGAGCGGUAAGAUAUGCACGUUUGGCUGGGGAAGCCGUCAGAAUGAAGAAUGGUCCCGCUGCGGCGGACUUUGGUUUAUGGGAAAGUAUCGCGAAAGAGCCAAAGAGCCACUGGAGUUGGAGGUACCGCCUCAGAUGA